UGAGGAAAGCCGAAACUGUAGGGAUGACAAAACAAGUUGCAGUAAGAACUACAUUGCUGAAGAGUCAGAUAAGACAAAAAAUGUGGCAUUCAACAUUCAGCAUUAGCAUUACAGCAUUCAACCAAUAAAAUAAAAAAAAGUUUACUGUCCUCUGUCCCUCUCACAGAGCCUAUCUGAACCCCCCAUCUAUGUCAAAACCCCCUGAGGACAAAUGAACAAGAUGGUAAACGUGAAUUCAUAGAGUGAAAGCAAAGCAGCCGCAAGUACCAACAAGCAUUUUUAAAAGGUCCUACAGAGGACUUGAAAGAAAUCUCUAAAAGAAGAUUUUAUUUUUUUUGAAGAAGGAACUUUUAAAAAGAUAGUGCUCAGGUGCAAAAUCACACCUACAAGUCAAGUUAGGUCGUUUAUGUGUCACAGAUAAUUUUGCUAAAAAUAGACCCCUGCACUAUCUGGAGACCCUAUUUUUAAGUUUUCGAGGGAACAGGAAGUAUUGAGUUUGAUUCUGAUGCAUUUCAGUCUUUUGAGAAUAUGCCCCUCCCACAUGCCGUUUGGCCUCUCCUGAUUGGUCGAUUUCCAACAAUCCGCCAUAUUCAAACUUCCGCUGUUUGGUGUGUGGACUGUCAUCGAUCUUUUUACUUUCUAUUUUGCUCAUCAAACCAAUUAAUUGAGUUCAUUUUAAAGCUUUUUCAGAAAUCAUAUUGGUUAAAAAUCGACUGAGUUUAUUUUAGAACGAAGACUCCCGGAAAAUGGACGAUACUGACGAUAUUUGCCCGAGGACGGUGGAAAACAAUAAGCGCACACUGCGCAAAAUGUCAACGAGAACGUCUACUACGAGUAUCAUCAGCGCUGCUGAGUCCUCUCCUCCAAAACCGAGAAGCAACUCAAAGAAACCUCCACUUCAGAGAGGCAGCUCCUUUACAUUUCUCACACCGGGGACUCCAUGGGACUUCACUCUGAAAAGAAAGCGCAAAGAGAAAGACGAUGACACCAUCAGUCUGUCCAGCUUCGACCUCAAGGAACCCAGUAACAAGCGUGUUCGACCGCUGGCCAAAGUUUCAUCCCUCGUUAAUCUGAUGUCGCCCUCAAAGAACGGAGCAGUGCGGCGCUUUGGUCAGACCAUUCAGUCAUUGCGCGCUGAUACCAAGUCACCGGGGACAACUCUGAAAGGCAACAGCAGAUCUUCAGGUCCAACUCCCACGAAACGAAGAAACAGCACUUUGUGGUCGGAGACGCUGGACAUCCAUCAGAAGAGCACCUUCUCUACCAAAGAGAUCAAGAGACAGGAGGCAAUUUAUGAACUUUUCAGAGGGGAGCAGGACCUCAUUGAGGAUCUUCAGCUUGCGCGAAAGGCAUACCAUGACCCCAUGCUGAAACUGUCCAUCAUGACAGAGGAGGAGCUAGCUCACAUUUUUGGUGACCUGGAUGCUUACAUCCCUUUACAUGAAGACUUAUUGAUUAAGCUAACAGAGGAAACUGGCUCGGAUGGAACCGUAGCUCAGAUUGGGCAAAUAGUAAUAGACUGGCUGCCUGGCUUGAACGCCUAUAGAAACUACUGCAGCAACCAGCUGGCAGCCAAAGCGCUGCUGGACCAGAAGAAACAGGACAGACGGGUCCAGGACUUUCUGCAGCGCUGUCUUGAGUCCCCCUUUAGCAGGAAGUUGGACCUUUGGAGCUUCCUUGACAUUCCACGUUCACGCCUGGUGAAAUAUCCGCUGUUGCUGCGGGAAAUCCUCAGACAUACGCCUCCCGAUCACCCAGAUGUGACCAGCCUGGAGAAAGCAAUCGCAAUAAUCCAGGAGAUUCUGUCAGACAUCAACGUGAGAAAGGGAGAGUCUGAAUGCCAGUAUUACAUAGAUAAGUUGGAGUAUCUGGAUGAGAAGCAGCGGGACCCUCUCAUUGAUAACUGCAAGACGCUGCUGUGUCACGGCGAGCUGCGCACAAAGAGUGGUUCGAGGCUACACGUAUUUCUCUUCUCUGAGCUGCUGGUUCUGACCCGACCAGUAACCCGAAACGACAAGAGCUGCUUCCAGGUGUGCCGUCGGCCCAUUCCUGUGAAAGAUCUGGCUCUGGAAGACCUGCAGGAUGGAGAGAUCCGCAUGGGGGGGUCCUUCAGAGGGGCCUUUACCAACGGAGAAAAGGCUAAGAAUGUUUUCCGAGUGAGCUCCAUGGAUGCUUCCCACUGCCAGUCCCACACCCUGCAUGUCAGCGAUGUUUACCACAAGCAGCAGUGGCUCAACUGCCUACGCACGGCGAUAGCCCAACAGCAAGGGGCCUCGCCUGAUGUCCAGGAGGGGGAAGCCGUCCCGGCAAAGCGCCGCUCCGCUGCCAGGAUCUGCGAUGUAAAUACAGACGAGAACUGUCCACCCGCCUCAGGUCCCAAACUCAGACGUCAGACGCUCUCCAAAAGCAGACUGGACCAGAAGUUACACGAGUCACAGAAGAGAAAGGAAACUAAAGUUUAAGUGUUUACUCUUUACAAGACCUAUGCUUCCAAAUAUUCUUUUUCCUUAUCAGUAAGUUUUAAAGCAGCCAAUUUGUAUUUUGCUGUAUCUUUCUAGCUGCACUGAAAAUCCGUUUCAAUCAUCUCCGUCCUGAUGGAUACGAAGUGUUUCUGCUUCAAUUGUGUUAAUAGUUUACAAAAAGCAAAAGAUGCCACUUGCCAGUCUGUGUAAUCCAGUUACACGUGUGUAAAAUUAGUAUCUCGUGUGUGUUAACAAUUUUUAUACCACUUGUAGUGUUUAUGUUUUACAUUUAUUCCAUGAUGUGUUUUUUUUAACCAAUUUGGUAAAUGUACAAUCAUGUAUAAUGUUAACAGGGCUGAAAUAAGGAAGUUGAGGUGUUGCAACAUCUGUGUUUCCCUAAAAAAGAAAAGCCCCUGAGUGACACAGCUCUAAAAAAUGUUCAGAUUUAAUUCAGGAUUAUGAGUGAAAUUCAACUGAAAAGUCUGACUCCAGACAUGAAAUAAGUACAAACAUUUUUUACAAGUAUGUAUUUAGCAAAAAUGUGUUGGUAAAAGGAAAAAAAAGAGAAGUAAAGCACUGUUUACUCUGUUGUACUAAGUUUAACUGUCUGUGUGGGUUUUUUUUAUUGCAGCAAACAUACCUUUGACUUGAUUCUGACAACUCAGUCACUUACCUCCUGCUAUUUUUUUCUGCUUUUCAGCUCUGUGUCACAACACUUUUAAAACAGACCAACCACAUUAGCAGCUGCUCUUCUUUUAAAUCCAAAUGACACGUCUUUUUAAACUCGGAAUGAAAAGUUAACAAAUAUGGAGCACAAUUUCUGUUUUAUGUGUAAAAAAGUUUAAAACUGGUGAAAUAAAAUGUUCAUGUUCUCAUAAAAUCA